CGACCGCGUUGCAAUAAAGUUUACCGUGUCCACGUUUGAAUUUUAGCAGCGGAGUUUGAAUUUGUUAGUCUGUAGCAGCUCCCGUGACAGUUUUUGGUAAAUUUCGGUUGUUCCUCAUAGUAACAAGAAAAAAAAAACCCGUGUGUGUUCUGGAGACGACAAAGACUCAGUGACCCGCAUGGAAACACAGAGCUCUGUUUUCCAUCUGCUGUCGGUUUUGUGUUAGACCGUCUGGGGGGGUGGUUUGUAGUGCUGGUCGAUGUAAAAGCGGUUGUUGACUCGCUAACAACACCACGAGAGUUGCUCCCACGUUUCAUGCCGAGCGUGCGCUCUUUGUCAGUUUGUAUAUAGUGUCGCGUUACACAGCUGCAUUGUUAUUUAUGUGUUUCUCACUAUAAGAUGCAUGUGUAUGGUGGGAGUCGAAACCACCAAGUGCUUAAGUUCUAGUGUGUUAGCUGCUCUUCAGGCGCUUUUUUUUUUUUUUUUUUUUUUUUUAAGUUUAGUGUGAACGUAACCAAAUAACCGCACUGACCCCAAAGCAACAUGCCUAUUAGACGUUUUGGGGGUCACAGGUCUCUGGUCUCUCAAACCCCCAAGCUGUCGUAUGGUUACACGAAAAUGAAUGUUUCAAGAAGUGGCUACCGUGUUUUCUCUGCCAACUCCACCGCCGCUUGCACCGAGUUGGCCAAGAAGAUCACAGAACGUCUGGGUGUGGAAUUGGGCAAGUCAGUGGUUUAUCAGGAGUCAAAUACAGAGACUAGAGUGGAUGUGAAAGAGUCUGUCCGUGGACAAGACAUCUUUAUCAUUCAGACCAUUCCCAGAGAUGUCAACACAGCCAUCAUGGAGCUGCUGGUUAUGGCUUAUGCCCUGAAGACGUCCUGUGCCAAGAACAUCAUCGGGGUCCUUCCCUACUUUCCUUACAGCAAGCAGUGCAAGAUGAGGAAGAGAGGAUCCAUCGUCUGCAAGCUGCUCACGUCCAUGCUAGCUAAAGCUGGGUUAACUCAUAUCAUCACCAUGGACCUCCACCAGAAAGAAAUCCAGGGCUUCUUCAGUUUCCCUGUUGACAACCUAAGAGCUUCCCCCUUCCUCAUCCAGUACAUCCAGGAGGAGAUCCCAGACUACAGAAAUGCCAUAAUUGUUGCAAAAUCCCCUUCAGCCGCCAAGAGAGCUCAGUCCUAUGCUGAGAGGCUGCGUCUUGGGCUGGCAGUGAUUCAUGGGGAGGCCCACCAUUCAGAGUCAGACAUGGCUGAUGGUCGACACUCUCCCCCCUUGUCCCGCACCACCACAGGACACACGGGCCUGGAGCUGCCAUCAAGCAGCAGACAUCAUGUCCCAUUCCCUGGGAUAGAGCUCCCAAUGAUGAUGGCGAAGGAGAAGCCACCUAUCACUGUUGUUGGAGAUGUAGGAGGAAGAAUUGCCAUCAUUGUUGAUGACAUCAUAGAUGAUGUGGAGGACUUUGUUGCAGCAGCAGAAAUCCUGAAGGAGAGGGGAGCCUACAAGAUCUACAUCAUGGCUACACAUGGCCUGCUGUCUGCAGAGGCACCGAGACUAAUAGAGGAGUCUGCGAUUGAUGAGGUGGUGGUGACCAACACCGUUCCUCAUGAGGUCCAGAAGCUGCAGUGUCCAAAAAUCAAAACUGUGGAUGUCAGUAUGAUCCUGGCUGAGGCCAUCCGGCGCAUCCACAACGGAGAGUCCAUGGCCUAUCUGUUCCGCAACAUCGCUGUGGACGACUGAGGCAACACACUCAUACACUUGCAUUCCUGCAAACACAUGACCAAGAACACACACCGAGGACCAAGAAUCCAGUUUACUGCAGUCUCUCUUUUAACCUGUUAUUCCUGCUUUAUUCCUCUGAUAGGUUACAUAGUGUGACUCAAACAACACAAACUGUCUCACUUCACCAAUAUAUGCUUCCCUCCAUUUGGAGAUAUAAAUAACACAACAUAAUGUAUCAUGCCGAUACAAAUAAAAUGGCAAAUAAAGCUAUUCCUCUGGGGUCAGUAAAGUUCUCUGAUUUUUCUAAGCAUGUGGAUUUAAAAUGGUAAAAGCUUGGGUAUAUGUGAGUGACUAGAUAAAAGUAUCACAAUACCACAGCUGGCAUUAUAAAGAGGUAGUGUGGUUUGCAUUUUGCAGUGGAAAUUUCUGGAACUGUCAGAAAUGUACAGUACAGCGGCUUCACACCUGAACCUAAACUUUCAGUAGCAGUUUCAGUCACAGCUGAGGCUUCUUGCUUUAUGAAGCAUGGAAAAGCAAGAAAAUUCACGCGGCAGUGUUCAGCGACAGUUAGAUGAAAAUGCUCAUUGAAAACGCUGUUAGAGUCAGUGCCAAAGAACUCUUGCAUAGCAUGAGGUGUUUUGUCAUUUUAUGGUUGCACUAAAUUAUACAGUGCAGCUCUUAUCACGGAUUACAGUGGAGGAGAACGAUUUGGUGUCAUGCAGGCAGGGUGCUGGGAUUUGAUUGUUGCAAUUUGCCUUGAUUUUGUUUUUUUUUGUUUUUUUUAAAUAAAUCCUGCUGUUUGUGACACAUACAAAAGGUAAAUGAACCCUUAUAUGGCUCCUAAAACUACUAAAUGAUAGAUAAAAUUUAAUGUUUAAUAUGCAAAGUGACAAAAUGUGAUUUCAUAUGUGAUUCAGACCUGAGGCUUUCUGCCACUAAAUGGCUGUUAAUUAGUCUGUAAAUUACAUUUUGGGUGAAAAUUUCCAAAUGUACACUCAACUGUAAAAGUAUUGAUUCCCUUUUUUUAAGUCAUGAUUUGAAUAGGUGACUAAUUUACAAGUGUGCCUCACACAUUGACACAUGACCCAUCAAGGCUCAGUCAGAGUAAAUAUAGACGUGUGACACAUUAUAAAGUUAUUUUUACUAACUCAGCUACUUAGGCAGAAAGAAAUAGCCAUAAAAAUGCAUUGUAGUGAUCUGAAAAGACCUAAAUACUAUUUAGUUUAUAUGCUGGCAACACACAGACUUCAGACAUUUUAUUACAUUCUGUUUUAUAAUGUUGCUGUGCUCUGUCCAGGACCCUGAACUUGUUCUAAACGCCUCAGAGUUGCUUUAAUCUGCUGAGGAGCUUUGACCAAGUCCAGGGGCCAAGACAUCUAAGAAACUGAGUCAGAAACUGUACGAAUGUCUCACUGUAGCUAAAAUCUGGUCACUGAAUGCUCAUAAACAUAAUGCUAAGUUGAAGCUAGUUUGCGUAAAAUAGUAAAAUAGCUUUUCUGAAGUCCUCAAACACCCCGCUCAUACUUAAUUUGAAGGAGACCUCUGUGUUACAAGAUAUCAAAUCCACACACCUGCGUGACAGUGAAGCUGCUAGGCCUCCAUCCCUUCGCAAAUGAACAAGAGCUAAGUGCGGAAGAAUGUUUAAAUGUGGACUGAAAGAGGAACUGCCCGCAAACGUUUACUCGGCCACUUCCUCAAAUUAAAACAGGAAACUUUGUUCAGUCUAAUCUGCUGGAGUAGGGUGGGGGCAGGGGUUGGUGAGGGGUGAGGGGUGGCGGGGGGAUGGAUUUGGACCUGAGCACUACAAUGGCCUCAGCUUGGCAGGUUGCAUUUAGGGGAACUGUGCACAGCCGUUUCAGGAACUGCACAAUGAUCCAUUUUGUCAAGCGGUUAAGCAGGAGUACUGCUGUACUGCUGAAUAUUCAAAUGUUGUGAUGCUCGCGGGCAGAUCGGUUUGUUUUGCUUAACUUUGACAGCUGUCCCCUCAGGCCUGGAGCCAGUCAGCAGUGUUUACACUGUCUCAUUAAUUGGGAUGUCACACUGGCUUUCAUCUUGAGCUGGAAUCAUUUUCCAGAGACGUGAAAGGCAUUUGAGAUAUUAUCCAGGAAGUUUCAGGUGUUUAUUGCAAACUGAAGAAUACGUAAUGGUUCACAAAAGCCAGCUGUUAUACAUACCAGGCCUAAGAGUUUGCGUAACAAUGCCAGUCAGUGCAUAAACUCCAGACUGAUCAUUAGCAGUAAUACCAGCCCAUGUCUCUUCAGAACUUGUGAAACAUAACAGAAUAGGAACAGUUAAGUCUCUUUUGGCUCACAGGAAUUUAAAAUGUACACAAAAGCACAUUCAACAUAGGAACAUGUACAUAUACUGGAUGUUUUACUGAGGCUUAAGUUCAAGUUUUUAGGUUGAGGCCUCACUGGAGGUACCACAAUACACACAAGGUUUACAUACUGAGUUGAUACUGGUUUUAUUUGGUGACCUGUGCAUUUUGCACCAACAGAUGGCGACAGAGAUCUUAAAAUACAGUUGGAUGCAGACAGCUGAGAAAUCCAGGGCUCUAACUCUUGCAUUUUCGUUCACUUGUUCAGUUUCAGUUCACUGUGCGCUGCAGCAAAGUGGAUACCAACAGAAAGAAGAGCAGCACUUUUUGUCGGCCCUUGUUAGGUUAUUUUUUUUGUCGCAUUUUCAGAUUCCAUGAAUGAAAUGAAGCGAUUUGUGGAAACAGAGCGUGAACAUGCUGGUGGGACCCCACCCAAAAUAAUUAGUAUUCAUGUUUAUGUUAAAACAUUUCUACUGCCAAUGCUAUUACAUAUUGUCACAAUCAGAGCUUUAGCUUCUUAUUGGUUUCUGUUUUUGGAUCAUAUCCAUAUCAGAAUGUCUGUGGUCUGUCUGCUCUAAAAAGCUUUAUAAUGAAAGUCCUACAGUACAGCUCUAUAUAAGAAUAAAUUGUUUUUUUGCAACCUGUUCCAUAUCUUUGAUGUAUCUUAUCUAUGUUCUGUGUAGUUCAUUU